AUGUUUAAAGCGGGCGGUACGAAUAGUUCAACUCGUCCAAGUGAAAAUUACGAUCUUGAUAUUAAACAGGAAACGGACGCUGGCCAAACGAACUCAACCACUACGACGAUGGUUGAAUGGACAUCAACACACCUGCCCGCCAGCUAUCUCAUUCAACUUGUAGCAAUCGUUAAGGUUUACUUGCUGCUGAUCAGUUGUUUGCCCAGCAUAAGCGCCGUCGCACCAUUACCCAUUACCGGCAGAUAUUGCAAACAGAAUGUGAGCGUCAAAUAUCAAGAGCCAGUGAGGCACACCUCUCAGCCGAUACGACGUGCUGCAGACACAAAUGAAGUUGCCUCGUCAACAAACACCGCUUUAGAUGCCGUCACCGAAAACUUUAUCACAUACGAAUCGCGCGUACGUUGGGAGACUACCAAUGUCUGCUGUGCAGGCUAUCGCACGUUGCUAUUCGGUUUUUGCGAGCCCAUCUGUGACUUGACCUGUCCAAGCUUCAGCUAUUGCGCCACGCCCAAUCAGUGUGAAUGCCUGCCUGGCUAUGAGGAACAUCAUCCGAAUAAAAAGGAUGAACUAUUACUUGACUGUCGUCCCGUCUGUGUGGACGGUUGUCCGCCACAUAGUUAUUGUGUGGCGCGGAAUCGCUGUGAAUGUCGUGAAGGUUUCAGGAAUGUCAACAAUUGGUGGUUCAUGCCGUUGAAGUGCGAACGCAUACGCUGUUCAGCGGUGGACCAGCGUUACGAUAUCGAGCAGCGGGCAUGCGUGAAGAUUGAGAUGAGCAUGGAAGAUCUAAUGCGAAAGGUGGCUGCACGUCUAGCAAAGGGAUUGAACGACUUCGCCGUGGAGGAUGAUGAAGAGGAGGGAGAAGAAGAGAAGGUAGAAGAAGGCGCGAAUGAAAUAAAAAAGGAGCAGAACGAAUCCGUGCCAGAGACGACGUGGCAAACUCAGACGAAGAGGGAUGUAAAUGAGAAGACUGUCGUGUAGAUAUUUAAGGGUGGCUAUGGAAGGGGAUUGGUGUUCAUAUGUUCUAGUGUGAAUAAAUUUUUGAGAAGAAAUAGUGCAAAUAAAUAAA